AGAGAGAGAGAGAGGGGCGCUGCAUCAACCCGGUGUACAGCAGCAACAGCAGCAGGCUGGGCUUGGGGAUCUAUUGUUCCCCUGUUUUAUUACUGAAGAGCUCAUUCUCCCCCAUUAAGAAGCCAGGGGGAAAGAGAAACACGAAGGAAGAGGACAGGAGGGGACCUCAGCCUUGCUUGCUCGGGAUUACUUCUUGGACGCACUGGUGUGGACAAAGCAGAAGCAUAAAACACACUUCAGUCUAGCUCUCUACCUCGUGGCCAGGCUUGUAUUUUCCUCUUUGACUUCAUUGGGAACUACAGUACUUACCAUAUGGUGGCCAUGGGGAUGGCCAGCAGAGCUGUGGGGACGCUGGGGAUCUUGAAAGGGACACCGGUCCCUUCUCUAUGGAGGUUAGCGCUGCUCUUUUUCUCCAUCUGGGAAUUGGAUGCACAAACUGCAGUGGAAACUAGACCCCUCUACAUCUGGCAAACAGGUCCAUGGGGCCGGUGUAUGGGAAGUGAGUGUGGCCCUGGAGGCAGCCAGAGCAGGGCGGUAUGGUGUGCCCAUGCUGAAGGCUGGACCACCCUGCAUACCAACUGCGACCAAGCAGAACGACCAGACAACCAGCAGAGUUGCUUCAGAGUGUGCGACUGGCACAAAGAUCUGUACGACUGGCAACUGGGUGCCUGGAACCAGUGUGUCCCUGUGUCGAUGCGCAGUGCUGGGGUGCAACGUCCUGCUGUAUGCACACGGGGAGAGGAGGGUAUCCAGACCCGUGAAGUGGGCUGUGUUCAGAAGGCAGAUGGCGUGCCUGCAGAAGAUGCAAUCUGUGAAUACUUUGAGCCCAAACCCCGGUUAGAGCAGGCCUGCCUAAUCCCAUGUCCUCGGGACUGUGUGGUGUCUGAGUUCAGCUCAUGGACAGCCUGUUCUAAAACAUGUGGGAUGGGCUUACAGAACCGGAUCCGUUUCAUUCUGGCUCCACCACUGUUUGGAGGAGCAGCCUGCCCAAAUCUGACUGAAUUUCAGACAUGCCACCCAGGUCCCUGUGAAGGAGAGGAGAGCCUUUAUAGUCUCAGGGUGGGACCCUGGGGCCCCUGCUCUGUCCCUCUGCCAAGGCAAGCCAGACAAGCUGAUGAACCACCCAGAGAGAGUGACAAACGAUUGAAGGAAAGUGACAAACCUUCAAAAGAGGGUGGCAGAGAGGGUGAAAAACCAUCCAGACGAAGUGAAAAACAGGCCAGAGAGGGGGAAAAAAAGUCCAAAGAGGGAGGCAAAUGGUCCAAAGAGGAUGAUAAACUGUCUAUAGAUGGUGACAAACCAACUACACACAACAGAAAACUGGGAAGGGUAAACAGGAAACCAGACAGGCCAUCCCGACAGGCGGAUCGGCCCAAACGACAGAAAAAGGCCAAAAACAAGGAGAAAAGAGAAAAAAUGAGAGGGAAAGUCAGAGAGAGGUUAAGGGAGAGGGGCAAGGCAAAGGAUCCUGAGACCAGAGAACUUAUUAAGAAGAAAAGGAACAGAAAUCGUCUGAACCGCCCAGGAGGAAAAUUCUGGGACGUGCAAGUUGGUUACCAGACCAGAGAAGUGACCUGUGUGCAUAAGAAUGGGAAUGCUGAAGCUCUCAGCCUGUGCUCUCAGGAGACACUGCCAGUGACCUUCCAGGCCUGUGUGCUGCCCAAAGACUGUGAUGUGACCGAAUGGUCUGAAUGGUCAGCUUGUUCCAAGACAUGCCAUGACCCCAAUGGGCCUAAGGGGGAGCGCAAUCGUGUCAGGAAAGUGAGCCAGUUCCCAAUAGGUGGAGGAGGAGACUGUCCAGAGCUGGAGGAGAAGGAAGCUUGCAGCCCACAGGGAGAGGCAGUGCCACCCUGCAUUGUUUACAGUUGGAAAACCACAGAGUGGACAGAGUGCAGGGUGGAUGUGCUGCUGAGCCAGCAGGACCGUCGGCGUGGAAACCAGACAGGUUUGUGUGGAGGCGGGACUCAGACCCGGGAGGUCUACUGUGUGCAGUCCACUGCUGAUACACCACCCACCCUCAGCUUGCUCAGGAGCAAAGAAGCACUGCGACCGGUGGACAGUGAUCUAUGUCUGGGCAUCCCUCCAGACACUAUCCAGCUCUGCCAUAUCAGCUGCCCUGUUGAGUGUGAGGUUUCUUUGUGGAGUGCUUGGGGACCCUGCACCUAUGAAAACUGCCAAGACCAGGCAGCCAAGAAAGGCUUCAAACUGAGGAAGAGGAGGAUAGUCAAUGAGCCGACAGGUGGGACAGGGAACUGCCCCCACCUAGUGGAGACAAUACCGUGUGAAGAUCCCAGCUGCUUUGACUGGCUGGUGGUUAAACUGGAGGAGUGUAUCCCUGACAAUGAGAAGGAAUGUGGACCAGGAACCCAAAUCCCUCAAGUCCAGUGUGUCAACAGUGAUGGUGAAUACGUGGAGAGGCAACUCUGCCGUGAUGCCAUCCUCCCUAUGCCUGCCAUCUGUGAGGUGCCUUGCUCCAGGGAUUGUGCCCUGAGCCCCUGGACCCCCUGGUCACUCUGCUCCCAUACCUGCUCUGGAAAAAACACAGAGGGAAAACAGACCAGAGCUCGUUCUAUUCUUGCCUAUAACGCAGGAGAAGGUGGAAUCCAAUGUCCCAACAUCAGUGCCCUGCAGGAGGUGAGGAGCUGCAAUGACCAUCCCUGCACUGUGUACCACUGGCAAACGGGUCCAUGGGGGCAGUGCAUUGAGGACUCCUCAAUCCCAUCCACCAACGCGUCUGUGCGCCGAACACGUGGCAGUGAUGUUUCCUGCUCAGUAGGGAUGCAAACCCGCAAAGUUAUCUGUGUCCGGGUCAACGUGGGCCAGGUUCCUCCCAAAAAGUGUCCGGAGAGUGUUCGCCCAGACACCGUCAGGCCCUGUUUACUUCCCUGCAAGAGAGACUGUAUCAUUACCCCAUACAGUGACUGGAGCCCCUGUCCAUCAACAUGUCAAUCAGGUGGUAACACUAAGAAGAAGCAAUCCAGGAAACGUAUUAUCAUCCAGUUACCAGCUAAUGGGGGUCAGGACUGUCCUGAGGUUCUGAACCAGGAAAGAGAGUGUGAGGCUCCAUCUGUCUGUCAGGGAUACAGAUGGAAGACCCACAAGUGGCGGAGAUGUCAGCUGGUUCCAUGGUCAGUUCGGCAGGACAGUCCUGGAGCUCAGGAGACCUGUGGGCCGGGUCUGCAAGUUCGAGCUGUUUCAUGUCGGAAGCAGGAUGGUGGACAAGCAGACGUUGAAGACUGUCUUAAGUUUGCUAGCUCCAUGCUGCCUCUCACCCAGCCCUGCCAACUGCCCUGCCGGGAAGACUGUCAACUCAGCACCUGGUCCAAGUUCUCCUCCUGCACAGCUGACUGUGUGGGUGUCAGGACCCGAAAGAGAAUGCUAGUGGGAAAGAGUAAAAAACGUGAUCAGUGUAAAAACAGCCAGAUGUAUCCCCUGAGUGAAACCCAGUAUUGCCCUUGUAACAAGUACAAUGCCCAACCUGUGGGCAACUGGUCAGACUGCAUCCUACCUGAGGGCGCCCGCAUAGAGGGUCACCUGGGUAUGAAAGUCCAAGGUGACAUCAAGGAGUGCGGCCAAGGAUACCGCUACCAGGCCAUGGUGUGCUAUGAUCAGGACAACCGCAUAGUUGAGACUUCUCGCUGCAACAGUCAUGGAUAUAUUGAGGAAGCUUGCAUCAUCCCCUGUCCAUCUGACUGCAAAUUAAGUGAGUGGUCUAACUGGUCGCGUUGCAGCAAGUCAUGUGGCAGUGGUGUCAAAGUUCGCUCCAAAUGGCUCAGAGAGAAGCCCUACAAUGGUGGGAGACCAUGUCCUAAACUGGACCACGUCAACCAGGCACAGGUGUAUGAAGUGGUGCCUUGCCUCAGUGACUGUGGACAGUAUGUCUGGGUGGCAGAACCUUGGAGUGUAUGGAAAGUCAGCAAUGUGGACCUGAAGGAGAACUGCGGUGAAGGUAUCCAAACUCGAAAAGUCAGGUGUAUGCUCAACACUGUAGAUGGGCCCUCUGAGCAGGUAGAGGACUACCUGUGUGACCCAGAGGAGAUGCCCCUGGGUGCUCGUAACAGCCGGCUACCCUGCCCAGAGGACUGUGUGUUAUCAGACUGGGAAGCCUGGAGCCCAUGUUCACUGCCAUGUAGUGAAAACGGUACCCGAGAGAGGAGUGCAUACCUGCUCCGCCAGCCAGGAGAGGGGAAGGAGUGUCCUUUGACUAAAGAAACAGAGCCAUGCAAACUCAACGGCAACUGCUUCCACUACUCUUACAACAUCACCGACUGGAGUACAUGUCAACUGAGUGAAAGAGCAGUGUGUGGAAAUGGCAUUAAAACCCGCAUGCUGGACUGUGUCCGUAGUGAUGGUAAAUCUGUUGACCUGAAAUUUUGCAAAGAGCUGGGUCUGGACAGGAAGUGGCAGAUGAAUGCUUCCUGUGUUGUAGAAUGUCCUGUCAACUGCCAGCUGUCUGACUGGUCACCAUGGUCAGACUGCACUCAUUCCUGUGGGCUGGCAGGCAAGCUGUGGAGGAGACGGACAGUGAUCCAGGCUCCCCAGGGUGACGGAAGGCCAUGUCCAUCCCAGAUGGAGCAGUGGAAGUCCUGCCUGGUGAAGCCCUGCUACAGCUGGAGAUACAGCACCUGGUCUGAAUGCAGGUCUGAGGGUGCAAGGUGUGGAGAAGGCCUACGUUUCAGAAAUGUGUCGUGUUUUGUCUCUGAUGGCUCGAGUCAGCAGGAUAGCAGUGUGGUGGAUGAUGAGCUGUGUGGAGAUCUGGAGCCUUCAGUGGACGGAGACACAAGCAUUGUUUUGCAGGAGCUCUGUACUGUACCCUGCCCAGGGGAGUGUUAUUUGACUGACUGGACUGUUUGGAGUCCGUGCCAGCUAAGCUGCGUGAGCGGGGAUGACCUGGGCUUUGGCUCAGUCCAGGUCCGAUCCAGAGCUGUGGUGGCCCAAGAUCCAGAGAAUCUGCUGCAGUGUCCAGAACAAGAGCUGGAGGCACGGCCAUGUACAGACGGACAGUGUUUUGAAUACAAGUGGAGGACUGGACCAUGGAGAGGCUCAUCUCGCCAAGUCUGGUGUCAGCGUUCAGAUGGGCUCAAUGUUACAGGUGGAUGCCUGGUGAUAGCCAAGCCGAUUGCAGACCGAUCCUGUAACCCACCAUGCACUAAGCCCCGGUCCCUAUGUACAGAGGCCGGUGUUUGUGGCUGUGACGAAGGCUACACAGAGGUGAUGACAUCUGACGGUGUGCUGGACCAGUGUACCGUCAUCCCUGUGCUGGAGAUCCCGACUGCAGGAGAUAACAAGGCUGAUGUCAAGACCAUCCGAGCCUUCAAUCCCACCCAGCCUGCAGCCAGCACACCAGGCAGGGUGGGACGCACUUGGUUCCUGCAGCCCUUUGGUCCAGAUGGGAAGCUGAAGACCUGGGUAUAUGGAGUAGCAGCAGGAGCGUUCGUUCUGCUCAUCUUCAUAAUCUCCAUGACAUACUUAGCAUGCAAAAAGCCAAAGAAACCACAGCGACGGCAGAUGAACAACAGACUGAAGCCGCUGACUUUGGCCUAUGAUGGAGACGCUGAUAUGUAGGAGCCUUCCUACUUACCACACUGACUUUCAGACAUUUGUCCUCCUUCAGGGUACACAGGGUUGCUCCCCUUCAAGUCAGGGCCACUGCUGAUCAACCAACAUGCAGAGGAAGAUUCUGACAGAAAGUGAGACCUCAAAGAUCAAGGCACAGAAUCCACAUUCAUGAACAGCCUUGACAUUCCCUCCUCUUUUUUAUUUUCAUUCUAUUAGUUUCUUUCACAGGAGCCUUCAUGAAUGAUCUAUCUUCUUCUGGAAGUCUGCCUUUGCUUCUCUGCCAUUUACUACGAUCGGUAAUAUUCAAACCAUUGGAGAGGUUUGCCCCAAAACAAAGAUUUUGCUGUGCAAGCACAAAUUUCCGUUGGUGAUUUGUUUAUUUUGUCAUGGGUAAGUGGCAUUGUUUGUUUCACUUGUCAUUCUUUGUCCCAUAAAAAAACAUUCAAAUCCUCUCUGUAAUUAUGGCCUGGAUGUACCUCACAAGAAAAAAGUACAACCAGAAAACAAAAGUAAGUUUAAUGAAUCCCAGAGUAAAAUUACUUCUGCCUGCCUGUCCUGUCUCUGUUUUUCAGGCAUAAUUUUGCACUAUAUUAGUGCAGCAUGAUAUGUACUUAUGUCUAGCUUUGCCAUAGGAAACUGCCUCUUUCAAUACAAGAUGAUGUACAGUCUUGUGCUAGAAAUGUUUUAAAAAAAAGACUUUUUUUGCAAACAGAACUCACCAAUGUUUGUUAAUAUUUUUCUUCUAUUACCUCUUGUAUGUGAAACAAUGAGACUCAUUGUAAAUAGGAUUUUUUCUGUAGUCUCAACUUAACCUUUCUAGUCUGUACAGCUACAAGUCAAACUCUGCCAGAGUUCAGUUAAUCGUAAUGAUUUUUUGACUGUGACUUAAUAUCAUGAUUUUUAACUUUGUAAAUUCUUAAUAUACAUCACACCCAUUUUCUCAGUCUGUAGAAAUUAUGUAUUUUAUAAAAGCCUUAGGCUGGAACAUGGAAAGAAAGAAGAGACUAAAUCUCACCAUGGAUGAUUAGUUAAUUAAUUGUGCAUCUUUACUCCUGGUGGUUCAGUGCACAAAGAUGAUGAGGGCCUGUGACAUUUGAGAUUUGAUUUUAAUCUUGUUGGACAUUCAAACAUCUAACAACAACAAUCUCAUAUUAUGGCUUAAAUCUUGAAAUAUCUGUCAUCUUUCAGGUGUAAAACAAUAUGUCUUCCAGGAGACUCUCCCUCUACACGAAGACAGCUUUUCACUCUGCCUUUAAGUGUGGCCAUUUCAGAACAACUCCAUUCACUUAUUUCUGAUACGAGACAACACAUUGUAAGAACUAGUUCCUGUGUAGCAUAACUUAGACAUGUGAGUUCUGUAAGCCUGAAGGCCUGAAUGAGACUAUUGAUCUUAGCCACAUGGAUAUGCUGUUCACCACAGGGAAGUGAUACAGUUCAAGAUAUGUAUGUAUUUCCCAUAUUAGUGCAUCAUUUUUAGACUGAUAUGGGUAUUUACACUGUUGGUCAUGAGCGCAGCUUCUACCUGCUAAACUCAACUUUGGAAAUUUACAACACUCUACAAACUUCUGUAAAUUUCCCUGAGGGAUCAGUAAGUUUUAUUCUAUCUUAUCUUUCUGAUGAAUGUUUAAAAGAACCAUCAUUUUUGGCCUCUUGUACUUCUUUUUUCCUCCAAAUUUACAUUUGUAAUGCCAGGUGAGGUUACACGGACUUAUUUUUGUAGAUUCGGCCUUCAGAAGUUCCACAACUUACAUGGUGCUUUUAACACAAAAUAUUUGACUUUCUAGUAAAGCACAAUUUAACAAAGGUGUGUAACUUUCAAAUAAUGGCUUUAUCAAUGAUAAAUAAAUGGUUUAUCUAUGAUUAGUUACAAGUGGAGGUUGACAGUUUUUAGGGGGCUAUUAAUACAGUUACCUAGACUGUCAACCUAGGAGCUGUUCAUGUUAAUGCCCUAUAAAUGAUAUAAAGUGUAAGGAAAUUAUUUAUUUCAUGAAUGAAGACAUUGUUUCAACAACAACAACAACAAAACACCUUACUAGAAAGUGGUACAUUUAUUUUUUCUAGUUUUAGAUGAGUUUGAUUCUUGACUCAUUUUGACUUCACACAUCUUCAAGUAUUUGAGAUGUUCUGUCCCUAUUAACUGACUUAGCCCUUAUCUGCAGUCUAAUGUUGGAUGAUUUAAUGCACCGGUACAUAUUCCUGAUGUAAGUUCUUCUCAGUUCACAGCUACUCAAAACCAGUUAGAAGAAAGAAAGAAUUUAUUCUCACAGGUUUUAUCCAUGCAUUCAAUAAUAAUUAAGUUUUCAUCUAAAUAAGCUUUGUCAUAUAUUUCAGAGUAUCCCUGUCAUUGAACUUUGGUUACUUUCUUUCAGCCCUUACACACUGCUGGUGUUGUAGAAUGGCGUACUACUUUGCAGAAGGUUUUCUAUCAGACCAUUUUCCACUGUAGUAUCUUGAGGGCCCUUUUAGGAUCACCUGAACCUUUGAGUGUGGUCAAACUGCAUGAAAUGUCUCUUGUAGAACCUUUUUCAGGGCCGUUUUCUGGGAAGAAAAAGUACCUACUAUAGAGUAGGUACUUCUGAGUGGCUGUUAAACACUGUUGUGCAGUUCUCGAUGCUAAUUAGAUAAACUUGGAGAGGACAAAAGCACUAUUUUUUCCCGCCCUCUUGAUGAUUGUUUGUGUUCAAACCUGUUGAAUCUGACAUCAUAAUGAAAACAGAAAGGCUGAAAGGGCUGAUUACGAGGCCAUUCUGGUAAACAUUUGUGCUACCUUGUGCCUGUCCCAAGUACCUGCAGUUGAAAGCUGUCAUAAUUGAAAAAAAAAAAAAGAGAAACAGUUCAGGAACUACCACUGUGCAAGAAUAUUGUGACAUGAAAACUGAGACCUUACAAUGCUGCCUGAAGUAACUGCCUAAUGUCAGCUAAAAGUCCAGUCACCCAGAGUGGCUAGUGUAUUUAUUAGUAGUGAGACAUCAUAUCAUUGCCAGAAAAUGGCAGUUUAAUAUUCUGUCCAGUUUGUGGCUAGUAAGUUAAUGGAAUGUUUAAUUUAUAUUUCUUGGAAUAUGAGUUGUAAAUAAAGUGCAAUGUAUUUCUUUUUUAUUAUUUAAUAUCCAUGUACAUGCCAUUUGUCAUAUUAUGUUUCCUUUUUUACGGCACAUGUUACGCAAAAAAAAAAAAAAUGGAGGUGUGAAUGUGGAUGUGCUAAAAGCGAUACUGAUAACCUUGUGAAAAACAAAGUCCCUGAUGAACUCUGUCCUUUUCUUACUGUUUGUUUACAUGUAUUUGACUAAUUGCUGAUAAUAAACAAUGGAAAUAUU